AUGGCACAUGUAACUCCUGUCGCAAGCUUACCAGAAAACUCAUUGAACGUUCUCAUGGGUGGAUUCGGUUUCGAAGGGCAGCAAAACCAACAGAUGCAGAAUGUUGCCAUGCAGAACAUCGUGAAUCUCAUUCAGCAGAUCAUCGUGCAGAAGAGUGGAGUGACUCAGCUCAAGCCUGUCAAGCCAAAUCUCAACGUACUGGGAGCGCAGUAUGCUGAAAUGGCUCACAAGACCUUCUCGCCGAUCUCGCAGCCUUCUACUCAGGAUGUCAAGCCAUCACUGGGCAAGAGGUCGAAGCCCGAGGAAAAGCUCAUUGAGGUCACGCCGGGUGGAGCAGAGCCCGCCAAGAGGAAACGUGUGUACACGAAAGCAGCUUGCGUGUCUUGCAGGUCUUCCCACCUUGCGUGCGAUGAUGGUCAGCCGUGCCGCAAUUGCACCAAAAAUGGCUCAAAGUGUGAGCGGGUUGAGCACACCAAGAUUUACGUUCCUCCGACGCUGGAUGAGGUACUGGGGACUCCCAGCGACGGCGAGUCCACAAAGUCGCCCUCGCCGGCUCCUUCAACUGAUUCCAAUGGAGCGCGGAAGUAUGUCAAAGCUGCCUGCUCUUGUUGCAGGAAAUCACACCUGGCUUGCGACAAUUAUCGUCCCUGUAGGAACUGCGUUCGCCUUGAACUGACAUGCGAAGAGAUCAGAAGUCAACGCAGAUCUAGAAGUUAA